AUGGUUUUAACUCUAAAACGGAAUGACAAACAGUUUCGUAAUAAAUGGUUAGCUUUAAUCAAUUAUGGAAAAAAUGACUUGGGAGUUACAGGAUAUUUAAAAUGUGAUAUAGUUAUGUUUUAUGAGAGACAUAUGAUAAACAAUUUUAUCGUAUCUAAAUCAUUAGGUUCCACAAUAGAAGACAUCAAAUUUAAUAAAAAUGAUUUAUUUAUUCCGAAUGGAUUUAGAAUAGCCACAACUCAUUUAGCCAAGUAUUCUAUUAAAUUACACAGAGGUGAAGUGAUCCGUUUCUUACAUGAUGAAGGUCCUAAAUGGUUGUCAAUUGAUUUUGGAGAAGCACCUGAAACAAGUAUAUUGCUGAACUUGAACGGAACAGAAUUAAAUUGGAACAAACAUUAUUCGAUAAUAAACGUAUAUCCGCCGUUAUGCCCAAUCAUAAGAUUUAAAUUUAUUUUAUGUGGAAAAAUUAUGGCUAGCAAAAUGAUAUCUAUACAUGAUUUUAUAGGAAAUGAUGGACUCCCGUGUUUUGGUCCAGCUUUCUUGCAUUUUACGACAUUGGAAUCUCAAUAUUUUGGCAGAAUACUAUUAUCCGUGGAAACUGAAUUAGUACCCUCCGAAGUUGAAAGUUUUGAAAGAUUGCAAAUUGAUGAUAUAGAUUCAAUUCUUGAAGAGGACCUAAUGUAUAUUCCAAUUAUAAUAAUUGGUGUUAUAUUAUGUGUAAACCAUGUACAUAAAAAUCUUAUAAAUUCAAAAAAUAUGACAAUAACAAUGGAUUAUAGUGAAUAUAAUUUAGCUACGGAAAGUGAAAACAAACGAGAGCUUAUUAACUCUAAGACAUCAGAGUACAAAGUAGUGAGGUUAGAAAACGAUUUUUAUAAAUUAUUGAUUGAAGAAGAUAGAAAACCCUGCUUAUUUUUGGUUACAAAUUUACCAAGUAUUGAAUAUUACGCAAUGUUUUCUAUGAAUUUGUUAUCUAAGACAAUUAGUAGUAUGUCGUAUAAUGGCCCACCCAAUAUUUUCUUAAAUUUACAUGAUGGUAAACAAAUCGUAUUAGGAUGUCAAAUUCAAACAAGAAACUUUUUGUAUUCUAAAAUUUCAGAAUGUAAAGGAAAAUUUUGUAAACGAAUUCGGCCUUGGUUUUUGUCCACUAAAAUAAAAGAAAAUGUAUUUGAUGGAAUUAUGGAAACUAUAUUUUGGAUAGGACCAUACGAGGAUUUUAAAGUGGGAUUAAGACAAAUUCCUGGACUUUUGUAUAAUAAUUGCAGUGAUCAGCCAUGUUCACAAUAUAAUUAUAAAUUAUAUGAAAAAACAUUUUUACAACUCAGAGCACAUAUAAGUCAAGUUGCUCUUACUGAAAAAUGUUACAAAAAAUACAGUCAGUUAAAUUUGAUGACACGAAUAAUUUUUAACGGACAUUCAAUAACAACUAAAGUAAGGAUAUUCUGUUAA